AUGGUAGGGUUUGGUAAUAUAAUACCUAACAAGUUUCUCGGCCUUUUGCUUUUGAUGAUACUGAUGUUUCUUCUUAGCUCAUCAUCCUCAUCUCAAGUAGCAGCAAAGGAAUUUUCUAUUGGUGGUAAAGAUGGUUGGGUUGUGAAACCUUCCGAAUAUUACAAUCAAUGGGCUCAAGAAAACAAGUUUCAAGUCAAUGACAUUCUAUAUUUCAAGUACAAGAAAGGGGACGAUUUAGUUCUGGUCGGUCACUUUUUCUUUAUUAGUGGUAACGUUGACAACUGCAAAAAUGGUCAAAAGCUUAUAAUUUUUGCCAUCGCCGUAAGAGAGACACUUUCUCAGGCUACACCACCUUCCCGGUCACCGGCAAGUGUCUCAUAUAGACAUGGAGGAGGGGAUGGCGGAGGUUGGAGUGGAGGAGUAAAUGAUGACAAUAGAUGCACCCAGCCAUGUUGUACCCUAACUUUUUGCACUUGUUGCUAA